GAGCAAAAGUAAAAAAAAUAAGAAAGUAAACAAGAUGUGAUCAACUAGGGGCCUGUCACUGAGUUCCAUCUGCGCUUUAUUUUCAUCUGUCUUUCGUUUUUUACAUGAGCCUAUAAACGAUUCAACAAAUGGCUAGAUAUGAGGCUGCAAAUUCUAUUAUAGGAAAUAUCAAUUUUAAGAAAGCCCUUUUUCAAUCACCUUCUCCAGUUCCUGACUGCUCAAAAACAUCAGCAGGGUCAGAAAUCAUGUCUCAUUUUUACAAAGUACAGUUGGAGCAGGAGAUUGAUAUGAACCUUUUCUUUAUUAAAAAAGAUCUUCACCUCCAGCGGCUAAAAGAGCUCAAAGAGUUAUCUAACAAGCUACAAGAUGAUAAUUGGAUGUACGAGUCUGCAGAGAAAUUAACAGGGCUACAAUAGCUGAAGAGUGAUAGUGUCAUUUCCUCUUGUAAAAUAAAGCUGACUUCUGUUCAGCAUCUUACAAAACAAAUGAGAAGUCAUAAAACUGGUUGCUGGUGUAUGGUUCAAAAACUUAUUUUCUCCUUAUGAAUUUUUAUGUCGAAAGUUGAUCAUUUUUUAUCCAAUCUUUUCAUUAUUUAUUGACCUGUACAAAUGUAUUUAUUAAUGUGGCAGUGAUAUAUAAACUGUUAUAAAUAUACAUCA